ACUUCCGGCCCAUCACCCCCGUUUGUUCCGACUCCUGUUUUCUACGCUCAUAGAGAAGCGCGUGCCAGGUAGAGCGAUUGAGGCCCCUGGAGGCCUGGUUUGGGACUUUGAUCGGAGUGCGGCCGCCAGAGCAUGGAGAGUCCGAAGGGGGAAGCGCCGGCGGCGUCUCUGGCCGCUGUGCUGAAGCGCAGCUCGGCGCUGCCGUUCGAGAGCGCACAGGUCCGAGGUUACGAUUUCAGCCGUGGCGUGGACUACCACGCGAUGCUGGAAGCCUUCGGCACCACUGGUUUCCAGGCUACCAACUUCGGGCGUGCGGUGCAUCAAGUGAAAGCCAUGAUAGAGAAGAAGCUGGAGCCUCUGCCGCAGGAUGAAGACCAACACGCAGAUCUGACCCAGAGCCACCGCCCACUCACUGGCUGCACCAUUUUCUUGGGCUACACCUCCAACCUCAUCAGUUCAGGCGUUCGUGAAACCAUCCGUUAUCUCGUGCAACACAACAUGGUGGAUGUCUUGGUUACUACGGCUGGGGGCGUGGAGGAGGAUCUCAUCAAGUGCCUGGCACCCACAUACCUGGGCGAGUUCAGCCUCCGGGGGAAGGAGCUACGUGAGAACGGGAUUAACAGGAUUGGGAACCUGCUGGUUCCCAAUGAUAAUUACUGCAAGUUUGAGGACUGGCUGAUGCCCAUUCUGGACCAGAUGGUGCUGGAGCAGAACACAGAGGGUGUGAAGUGGACGCCUUCCAAGAUGAUAGCCCGCCUCGGCAAGGAGAUCAACAACCCAGAGUCAGUGUAUUACUGGGCCCAGAAGAACCACAUCCCUGUACUGAGCCCGGCGCUCACAGAUGGCUCACUGGGUGACAUGAUCUUUUUCCAUUCCUACAAGAACCCGGGCCUGGUCCUGGACAUCGUGGAGGACGUGAGGCUCAUCAACACCCAGGCCAUCUUUGCCAAGCGCUCUGGCAUGAUCAUCCUGGGCGGGGGUGUAGUCAAGCACCACAUCGCAAACGCCAACCUCAUGCGGAAUGGGGCUGACUAUGCUGUCUACAUUAACACGGCCCAGGAGUUUGAUGGCUCUGACUCUGGCGCCCGGCCGGACGAAGCUGUCUCUUGGGGCAAGAUCAGGGUGGAUGCACAGCCUGUCAAGGUGAGGGCCAGCCAGCCUGCUGGGGUGAAGGGUCUCCUAAGCUGUAGCUUUGGAUCCCAUGGUUACCUGAGUCCCCUCUGCAGGUCUAUGCUGAUGCCUCCCUGGUCUUUCCCCUGCUCGUGGCUGAAACCUUUGCCCAGAAGGUAGAUGCCUUCAUGCCUGAGAAGAACAAGGACUGACAGUUGUGCCCCCUUCUGUUUAUUAGUUUCCAGACCAGCCCCUCCCCUACUCCUUGGUCAGUAGCACGCCUGGAAUAAAUGGUCUCAGUGGUCCAGA